AUCCAUUCUAUUCGUCUCUCUCAAUCAUUCCUUCAAUAGGUCAGCAUCUCCGCUGCACCAACCAUGCAUUAUCAAACGCCAUGAACUAUAUCCACGUCUCUUUUCGUUUCCUAUAGAUGAGGAAAUCUCCAUAUUUUUCUUCUCCAAGCUUUCUUUUUUCCUUCCCGUCCACAAGAUCUCUAGUUUCCCCACAUCCGCUAGCUGGUUCUCAUCAUGGGCCAACUAUCUCAAAGGGAGGUUGAUAUCUUAAUCAUCAUCGAGCGUACCACGGCAUCGAUAUCGGUAUUGGGAACACUUGCUCUGUUUGCCACAUUCAUCUUUUUCAAAUCGUUCCGGACAUUGUCGAAUACAAUCAUCUUUUACGCAUCUUUUGCAAAUCUGUUCGCCAACGUUGCUGCACUUAUUGGAGGUUCCGCGCUAUCACAAGUUAACUCGCCACUAUGUCAAUUUCAAGGUUUCUUGUUGGAGAUGUUUAUGCAAAGCGAUCCGUGGUGGAGUUUGGCAAUGGCUACCAAUGUCUACCUUGUCUUCUUCUACCGAUUUGAUGCCGCUCAAUUGAAGAAAUUAUAUCCUUAUUAUGCAUUGAUAUGCUAUGGUCUCCCCUUCAUUCCAGCGAUGGUCUGUCUAUUUGUCAAAAACAAUGAAAAAGGAAAGAUUUAUGGAAAUGCAACACUUUGGUGUUGGAUUGACGGUCCAUGGGCACCUCUCCGUAUCUACAGCUACUACGCACCAAUUUGGAUUACCAUCCUCGGCGCACUAUGUAUCUACGUCCGCGUUGGGAUUGAGAUUUUCCGCGCCCGCAAUCAACUCAAGGGAGUAUCCCACCGAACCGAUCCAUCACUACACACCGACGCCGGGGGCAAAUCACCACUUCCUCUCCAAGGCAGCAUAACCAACGCAUCGGAAGCCACAAACAAGGACUACGAAAGUGAACACGAACAACCAAUUUUCACCGGAACCCGCACCACCGAAAUCGAAGUGACACACGGGUCGUGGGAAAAUGGAACAGCUCUCAGCACAAACACCACUCCGCGAUAUCCUCGCGCUUCAGAUGUGAAUCAUCUCAGAACUCCUGCCAAAGAUCCAGAAAGCAAUUACCGAGUUACUAUCUCCGCCGUACCGAAUACAACUACAUCGAGUGGGCGAGGCGGAGCUAGAAGAAAUGCAAGUAGUUUGGAUAAGAUCAAAUGGGCCUACACGAAAGUCGCGAUGCUAUUCUGUAUUUCCAUUUUGAUAACUUGGGUUCCCGCUUCGGUGAACCGAGUAUAUGGGUUGAGAUUUCCGGACAAACCAUCAUUUGUGUUGAACAUCGGUUCUGCUAUUGUUCUUCCUUUGCAAGGAUUUUGGAACACCGUCAUCUACUUCACCACUUCUCUGGGAAUCUGUCGCAGCGUCUGGGCCGAUCUACGCGGUCCCUCCAAACAACAUAGGAAAACCGAAGGAUUCCGUAUGAUGGAUCGCCCUAUGACUGGUAACCAUCGAGGAGGAACGAAGGAGACGGAAAGUAUGGUGGAAUUAAGCACCAGUCGAUCACAAACGAAUCGAAGUCUAAGGAGCGCAGAAGUUGAUAGUAUCUGAGCCAAAAUGAAGGAGGAGUUAAUAAGAUCUGGUUGUAUGACAAUGCGAUGUACAUUUAUGUGUAAAUAUUUAAUCGGUGGGAUGGAGCGAUGCUGGGAUUGAUGAGGAAAUUUUUGAAAAGGAGUUGGAUAUAGUAUCAUUGUAUUCGGAUUGCACAGGAAACUAGGAGUUCUUCACGAACGGGAUAUGAAGGGAUCAACGGGAUGUGUAUGAAAAGUUGGCCACGGAAAGGAAAAGCUUUAUCUGUCUAUCUGAAAUUUAUAUUGUACAUCUUAUCUUGUACAGCGUCACAAUCAACAUCAAAAAA